CGCAACCGAGAGGAGGGGGCGUUUGCAGGAAAGCUCGGGCGGGGAGCCCGGGAAGGGAGACCCCAGGCCCGCCGCGAGCGCUGCGGGAGGGCACGGCUGUCGCAACUGCGGAGGCCGGCGGUGGGCUGAGGAGGGCGCUGGGCCGAGUGGGCGCUGCGGGGCCCCUGAAGACUGCUGUCCCCAUCACACCGACUGAGCAGACUUUAGGUCAAGGAGUAGUAAGCAAAGCGUGCAAGGAGAACAGAAGAACAUCACCAUGGCUUCCAUGUCUACUCAUGGAAACCAAGAGAAGGGUCCCCACUUGCCGCCGUCAAGCAAGCAGAGCUUCUUGUUUUGUCCAAAAUCAAAACUGCACAUGCACAAAGGGGAGAUUGCCAAGAUUAUCCGAGAAUGUCAAGAAGAAAGUUUCUGGAAGCGAGCUCUGCCUUUUUCACUUGUAAGCAUGCUUGUUACCCAGGGACUGGUCCACCAAGGUUACUUAGCAGCUAAUCCAAGAUUUGGAUCCUUACCUAAAGUUGCACUUGCUGGUAUCCUGGGAUUUGGCCUUGGCAAGGCCUCCUACAUAAGAGUGUGCCAGAGUAAAUUCCACUCCUUUGAAGAUCAGCUUCGUGGGGCUGGUUUUGGUCCACACCAUAACAGGCACUGCCUGCUCACGUGUGAGGAAUGCAAGAUAAGGCGCGGAUUAAGUGAGAAAGGAGGCUCACACCCCUCUGCUUCCUAAACUCUGUAUCUGGCUUGGGAAGUUUUUAAAUCCCUGAAUUUGUACACAUUAAAAAUUUCAAGUGUACUCAAAAUAUACUUCUGAUGAAAGAGCA